AUCACCUGAGUGCUAAGAUUGAUCAUAGUAAGAAUUCAAGCUUCGAGCUGUUAAGAAAGUUCAUUUGAACCAACAAUCACAAAACCUCAUAAAAUAAGCAACAUGAAGUUCGCCGUUUCCGUAGUCUUGUUCGCUUUGGCCCUUGGUGCUGCCCACUGCUCGGUCGUACCAUUGAUCAGUCAAAUCAAUGGCGCCGUUUUGGCCUCACCACUUGGUUCCGUUGCGGUACAUGCCGCCGCCGUGCCCGCUGUUGUAGCUGCCCCAGCACCAGUACAGAUCAUCACCGCUCCUGCCGUGGUAGCUGCUCCCGCUGUCGUGGCCGCUGAAGGCACCUAUGUGGCCAAGACCCGUGGCGCUGUACAUGUGGCACCAUUGCCCGGUCACAUACAAUCGGCAGCAUCAGUGAAUUUGCAACCAGCUCCAGGCACUCUCUAAAUAAUUAUUUAACCGAUAGUUACGAGUAAAAAAAAAAAAAAAAUGCGUUUCGAACGGGAAUAUACGCACCUAUUUUAUACACUAUAAAUACACAUACAACCAUAAUCUGGCCAUAUGCAAUUUAACUGGUAUACCUGCAACAUGUUUACAAUAAUACAUACAUAUAUACAUACAUGACAAUGAAAUGAUAAACACGAAAUAAUUUUAGUUUAAUUAAACACUUUGGUAAACAAAAUUGUCGCAUUUCUUUUUAUUUCUUUCAAUCUCACAUUAUAUCUCUAUAUGUCUAUAAUUGCACGUUCUAUUUUACUAAUGAUUUUCUUUUUUACCAUAAAUGCACUGUGAUAUUGCAUAAUUAUCUAAGUCAAAUGCUCAAUGCAUAAUCUUGCUUGUCACUGCCACUUUUUACAUAUUUCUUAUUCAAUACUUCUUUCCUAAACUGUUACUGUCAAUUGGAAUUGUUAUCAAAAUAAAUACAUAUAUACAUUUA